AUGUCUGGACAGGAUCAACAACUCAAACAGGAUCAGACUGCGGCUCCAGCUUCAGCGGAUGCCCAAGCUCAGCGGCCAGCUGCAUCUUCCUCUUCUACCAUCACUGCGGAUGAUGGUCUGGUCUGCCAGUGGACUGGCUGCAGUGAAAGAUGUGCCUCUGCAGAUGUCCUCUUUGACCAUAUCUGUGAGAAGCAUGUUGGACGGAAGAGCACAAACAAUCUGAACCUUACUUGUGGCUGGAACCAAUGCAACACAACUACAGUCAAGCGCGACCAUAUCACCUCUCAUAUUCGAGUCCACGUCCCCCUCAAGCCACACAAAUGCGGUAUUUGCCAGAAGGCCUUCAAACGUCCUCAGGACUUGAAGAAGCAUAUCAAGACUCAUGCCGACGACUCUGAGCUCCGCUCCCCUGACAUGCAUGGAGGUCAGAACUCGGGAUACAGACAGGGCCCCGGUCGAAUGAUUGCUGACCUGCAAAAUCUUGCAGCUACGGCCACCGGCUACUAUGAUCAUUCCGGCCAGAUGCACCCAGGUCCCCCAGCCAACUAUGGAGCCCCCCACCACAAUGGACACAGUGGCUAUUACACCCCUCAGCAGCCCAGUUCGUACGGUCCCGUGUAUUACCCUGUUAACCAGGGAGGUAAUCUCGGACACCAUGCAGCUUACGACGACAGAAAGCGUGGCUAUGACGUGUUGAACGACUUCUUUGGUGAUGUGAAGCGCCGUCAGAUCGACCCGACCUCGUAUGCUCAGAUCGGAAACCGACUGGGUGUCUUGCAUGGCAUUCCGAUCCAUGGAGGCGGGAUUGCCGAUUACAUGCCGACAGGCCCUGCGAUGGUCUCGGUCGAUGGCCAUGGAGGUCACGGCGGUCCCAUGUCCCAGCAUCAAUAUGCCCUCCCGCCAAUGCCGAACCUGAGAACCAAGACCGAUCUUAUGAACAUCGAUCAGUUCUUGGAGCAGAUCCAAUCAACGGUCUACGAGAGUUCUAAUGCGGCUGCCGCGGCAGGAGUUCAACAACCCGGUGCUCAUUAUACACACAGCGCAGUCAAUUUUCGCCAAAGCCAUUCUCCACCGCAAACCGUCCACAGCCUAGGACCGAUGAGCUCUCAUGUCUCGUCAGCCCAUUCUACCGCUCCCAUGAUGGCCACCCAUUCCUCCCAGUCCCACUCCUCCGGUACGCCGGAAUUGACACCUCCCUCGAGCUCAGUCUCCUACACCUCGGGACACUCCCCGGCCUCUUCUCACGGAAUGUCGCCCUCGUCAAGACACAGCAGCGCCGUCGCCGCAGUUUACCCAAGCUUGCCAGUCGGCACUCAAGGAUACUCCCCACACUCCGCCAAUGCUCCAGCCUCGACCCUUGGCCCCAACUUCGACAGCGAUUCCCGCCGUCGCUACUCAGGCGGCAUGCUCCAACGCAGCGCCAACCCGCGCAGCAACAACAUGAUGAUGGACGGCGCUAGCGACUCCCCCACGCCAUCUCCCAAGGAGACGACACCCCGCCCCGAGACCCUCGUCCGCGCUGAAUUAGCAAGCACCCCCAACUCUCCCCUCUACGGCGUCGGCGUCGGCUCCCCCAGUGAACACUCGGAGAGCGGCGACAGUGCGCGCGAGCGUGCCGAGGAGGCCGACCGCCGCGAGGAGGCUUGGAUCGAGAACAUCCGCGUCAUCGAGGCGCUGCGCAAGCUGAUCAGCGAGCGUCUCGAGCGCCGAGAGUACGAGGACGAUGAGGACGCCGCCAUGUCCGGCACGGCCACUGCUGACAAGCACUACCACCAGGCGCCGCCGAGCUCUGAGGGCUUGUACCCCACUCUCCGGGCAGAUGAUGACUAG